ACUUCAAGGUCAUUUUUGGCCCAAUUCCAAUACAAAAUUCCGAUAUCCAUCCUAAUUUCCACCUAAUCGCUAAUCCCAUAAUAUUAGGACUAGAUAAGCAUGCUGAGAUGAUGAUGUAAAUGUCCAAUUGUCUUUCCCGACUCGCAGAUCAAGUAGGUGAAUUCAUAGGUGGAAGUUGAAUGAUCAAUAUUCCUGUAUUGAAAUGUUAGCUUCUAAAGUCAUCAAGAAAACAUUAAGAUGGAGAUUCAGAACAUUUAUUACUAAACCCUUAGCUUUUGAGGAGCAACUUGAUGACCCCAUCAAUAUGAGCAAGGACAUUGAACGAGAAGCAUUCCAAUUGCGAAGACAAAUGGGAAGAGAUUCAUCAUGUAAUCAUUUAUUUAAUCAAGAUCAUAGGGUGGUUAGAACAAUCAUUGGAUCUUGUUCUUUGUCAAAUCGUUACUACAGCAGCCAUGGACAUUUAAAAGACAUCAAAGACAAGUCCUUAGGAUCUGUCCCUGAAGUUGUCAAGAUAGUAGAAGUUGGCCCAAGAGAUGGACUGCAAAAUGAGAAGACGAUAAUACCUACAGAAGUGAAGGUGGAGCUUAUUAAAUUACUUGUUUCUAGUGGUCUGCCAGUUGUUGAGGCUACUAGUUUUGUGUCUCCAAAGUGGGUACCACAGCUAGCUGAUGGAAAGGGUGUAAUUGAAGCAGUUAGGAACCUUACGGGGGUGCGCUUACCUGUUUUGACACCAAAUCUUAAAGGUUUUGAAGCAGCUGUUGCAGCUGGAGCCGAGGAAGUGGCAAUCUUUGCUGCAGCAUCUGAGUCCUUUUCUCGGUCUAACAUAAAUUGUAGCAUUGAAGACAGUCUUGCUCGUUAUCGUGAUGUUGCUCUUGCAGCCAAAAGCCAUUCCAUCCCCGUUCGUGGGUAUAUAUCAUGUGUUGUUGGCUGUCCCGUAGAAGGAGCAGUGUCUCCAUCAAAAGUUGCAUAUGUGGCUAAAGAACUUGUAGAUAUGGGUUGCUUUGAAAUUUCUCUUGGUGAUACAAUUGGAGUUGGUACUCCAGGUACUGUUAUUCCAAUGCUUGACGCUGUAACCCAAGUUGUCCCUCUAGAGAAGCUUGCUGUUCAUUUUCAUGACACUUAUGGACAAGCUCUUUCUAAUAUUCUUGUGUCAUUGCAAAUGGGGAUCAGCAUAGUGGAUUCAUCUAUAUCAGGCCUUGGAGGUUGCCCGUAUGCCAAAGGUGCCUCGGGUAAUGUGGCUACAGAGGAUGUCGUUUACAUGCUCAAUGGACUAGGAGUGAAGACAAAUGUGGAUCUGAGAAAGCUUCUAUUGGCUGGAGAUUUCAUCUGCAAACAUUUGGGUCGCCCUUCUGGUUCUAAGGUUGCCAUUGCCUUGAGCAGAACAACAGCUACUGCCUCAAAGCUUUAAGAGACAUCUGAUACCUUUGAAUUUGUGCACUGCAUCCCAGAGUCUGUGCCAAUACAAACACAACCCUUGCUUCACAUUGCUAGUUUCAUCACUUAAAAGCGACGAAGUGAUGGGUAUGGCUGCUUCAAGAUUGAAUCUCGUAAUUUAUGUGAACUUUCACAUGAAGCACUAUAGAAGUCGUCAUAAUCUAUUGGCUAUUCUUGCCUUGGGAUAACUGAAGGGAGUUACAGGAGCGCAUGAAGAGUUACAAGUAUGGGUUCCGAUAGUUUUGGCUUGUAUCUUGUACACGUGUCAAAAAAAUUCACUAAAGAAGUACCAAUAAUUGAUUUCAAACGUAAUAAAUCAAAUGAGUUGGUGGAA